AAGAAGCGAAAAGAAAAGAAAAUGAAGGAAAAGAAAUGGAAGAGGGCUUUCAAAACAGAGGAGAAGAGGAAGAAACUGAAGCUUGAAGAGAGGAGGGAAUUCAACGUGUUUCAUAGCUAAGUUAUGGGGUUUCAAACUUGGUUAACUGGAAUUUGGAACGGCGUACGAUCCGAUUUAAAGGAUUUCUGACCGUUGACUCUAAAAAUGGACCACUCGCCAAAAAUUUCAAAAUUUCAACUUGAUGCAGCUGGAAGAACAGUUGCAAAGAAAAACCAAUUCCGUGCAACCAUGGAGGUUUCCUCAACAGCUCCUCCUAAUCGUCCUCGAAUGACUUAUGACGUUUUCAUAAGUUUUAGAGGGGAAGAUACUCGCAACAAUUUCGUCGGAUUUUUGUACCAGGCAUUGCGUCAAUUGGGAAUAAUGACUUUUAUGGAUGAUAAAAAGCUCUUAAUUGGUGACGAUCUUAGUGAAAAGUUUGUGAAAGCAAUUGAAGAAUCCAGGUCUUCAAUUGUUGUUCUAUCAAAAGACUAUGCUUCUUCCAAGUGGUGCUUGAAAGAGUUAGCCAAGAUAAUGGAUUGUAUGUCUGAGACGACACAUCGUGUCCUUCCUGUGUUUUACCAUGUGGAUCCUUCCCAUGUUCGACAUCAGUCUGGAAAUUUCAAGAAAAGCUUUGAUGGACAUGAAGAAAAGGCUCCAAAGUUGAUAGGCGUGCAAAGAGAAGAAUACUUGAAAGAGGUUCAAAAUUGGAAGGAUUCCAUGACAAAAAUUGGCAACCUCGCGGGAGAAGUUGUUACACAACACAGCUCUGAAGUAGAUGUUGUAAAGAAAAUCACGAACCAGAUAUUUGAAAGAUGGCGUCCUAAGAUAGCAACUUCAGACAAGAAUUUAGUUGGAAUGACACGUCAGUUGCUAGAAAUGAAUGUGAAACUUGGUUUAGGAUUGGAUGACGUACGCUUUGUCGGGAUAGUUGGGAUGGGUGGCAUCGGUAAAACAACCAUUGCUAAAGUCGUUUAUGACUGCAUCACAUCUAAAUUUGAGGGCAGUUGUUUUCUUCGUGUUUUUGGAGGUAGUUCUAAGCAAUGUAAUUUAGUGUCACUUCAAGAACAACUACUAUCCAGACUUUUUCUAAAAGAAAACGUUAGAAUAUGGGAUGAGGAUUACGGAGCGGAAAUGAUUGAGAAUCAACUAUGCAGUAGAAAGGUUCUUCUUGUUCUUGAUGAGGUUGAAGAAAAAGAGCAACUAGAAAUGCUAGCUAGAAGUCCUGAUUGGUUUGGUCCAGGGAGUAGAAUUAUCAUUACAACUAGAAACAAAGAAAUUCUCCAUCAACCCUAUGAAAUUCUAGAAUACAAGAUGAAAUUACUAGAUGAUGACAGUGCCCUCCAACUCUUCUGCAAUCGUGCCUUUGGAAUAGACUACAUUGAUAGCAGUUUCAUGAAUCUCAGUAAGGGGAUGGUAGAAAAGCUUGGAAGACUUCCAUUAGCUUUGAAAGUAAUUGGAUCCUAUUUGAAUAAAAAAGAUGUGUUAAUAUGGAAGGAAACAUUGAAUAGGCUCAUUAAAGUUGAUGAAAAACAUUUGUUUGAAGUAUUAAACAUAAGUUAUGAUGGGUUAGGAGCAGAAAGUCAGAAAGUUUUCUUGGAUUUGGCAUGUUUCUUCAACGGAAGGAGGACUGAUAAAGUGAUUAAAAUACUUGAGAGUUUUGGUUAUAAUCCCCACAGUGAAUUAAACUUGUUUACAGAAAAAUGUCUAAUUGAAGUUUCACAUUCGAAGAUAUUGAUGCACGACUUGAUAGUGGCUUUGGGCCAAGAAAUUGUGCGUAAGGAGUCCCUAACUCAAUUGGGUAAACAAAGCAGGAUUUGGCUUCAAGAAGACGUCGUUCGUGCGUUUACUAUGAAACAUGGAUUAAAAUACACCGAAGGCAUAGUCUUGAACUUGGAGAAGAAGCAGAAAGAGUUAACAUUGGAGGCUAAAUUAUUUGCAGAUAUGACAUGUUUAAGAAUAUUGGAAAUUAGCAAUGUGCAACUUUAUGGAAAUAUCAAAUCUCUCUCAAACCUAUUGGCACUUCUCAAUUGGCCUGGCUAUCCUUCAAAGUGUUUGCCAUCAAAUUUUCAAUCAGGGUAUCUACUUGAAUUACACUUACGUCAUAGCAGUAUUGUACGAAUUUGGGAUGGAAAAAAGGAGUUUGAGAACCUGAAGGUGAUCGAUGUUAGCGACUCGGAGUAUUUACUUGAGACUCCUAAUUUUUCAAAAGUUCCGAAGCUUGAAAGAUUGGUUCUAUGCAAUUGUAGAAGAUUGAAUCACAUUCACCCUUCCAUCAAUAGUCUCCACCUUCUCAAGUUUUUGGAUCUAACUGAAUGCUCAAGUCUAAAAAGUUUUUCAUCAAAUUUGAGAUGCAAAAAUCUCGAACGUUUAGUUCUUUCCAAAUCAGGUGUUACGAGUUCUCCAGAAAUUGAAGAGAAUAUGGAACGCUUGUGUGAGCUUUAUCUAGAUGGGACUCCUAUAAAACAACUUCACCCGUCAAUUGGGCGUCUAGUUGGCCUAAUUAAGUUGGACCUAAGGAAGUGUAUUAUGCUUUCUAGUCUUCCUAAUGAAAUUGGUAACUUGGAGUCUCUUCAAAGUCUACUUUUGGGAGGUUGUAUAAACCUUGACCAAAUGCCACCCAGCUUGGGAAAUGUACAACGUUUGCAGUACCUUGAGAUUUGUGAAACUUCAAUUUGUCAUCUACCGCCUACUAUUCAUAGUCUGAAGAAUCUUAAAGGAUUAAAAUUUGAUGGGCUAUCAGGUAGAAUUUGGCAUUCCUUGCUCCCUCCAAGCAAUAUACUGGAAUCAGAUUUGGGAAUUUCUGGUUCGAAGUUUGGCAUGGAGUCACUUGAAUAUCUAAGUCUAAGAGGCUGCAAUCUAGUGGAGGAGGACAUUCCCGAAGAUCUUCACUACUUCUCCUCAUUAAAAACUCUAGACCUCAGUGGUAAUAAUUUCGUACGGCUCCCAGAAAGCAUCAACCACCUUAAGAAUCUAAGAGAAUUGAGGUUGCAUGAUUGCUUUAAGUUGCAACACUUACCAGAACUUCGAACAAAUCUAGUACCCAUUAUCUCUUGUACUGAAUCUGGAGCCGUCAGAAAUUUGCCUAUACCUUAUCAUCAUGACAAGCAUUUUAUUCUCGAGUUCAUCCCUAAAACCAACUUAAAGUUGGAUCCAAAGGCUUUUGAGGAGUCUAUUUCGGAAGGAGCCUUGUUUUCUUCUACUGAUGACAAUGCUGAAGUCUUGGAAUGCUUUGACGAAAUAAGAGAAGGGAAUGUGAUAGAAAUUGAGCGCUAUCAAAUUAAAAAUGAUGCAAACAAUAUUUAUGGGGUUGUCCUUUCAGCUUGUAUUCAAUGCUCUCAAAACACAGCCCAUGAAGUUAUUUCAUUUUAUUGCAAAUUCUUAAUUGAGUUGGGAAUGGAAGAACAUCCUAGAACUGGUAUUUUACCAUUGACCUCCAAGUUGACAUCUAGAACGAGAUUCUGGAUGUUAUUUAUACCAUUGAACUUGCUUCCAAAAAGCAGAUUGCGUUUCAAGAUUUUGGCUAAGGGGUCUCCAAAUACCAUCAAUAUACAGAAGUGUGGUGCCUCUGUCCUCUCCCACCAAAAUGCUCCAGAGCUUUUGGCAAACAUGUUCAAUAAGGUGUAUCGCACUCGAAAUCAGGAUGAAUUCUGCACAACUAUUAGAGAAUGUAAUCAUGGGAGCAAGUGUAGUUGCGACGAGCCCGAGACAAUAGACCAAUAUUGUUCAACUCAAUAUGUUGAGAAUGAAAGUGGCCCAUUUUCAUUAUUAAAGAGGAGCCUCAAAUCAAUCCUUCGAAGAACUUAUGAGGAAGAAAAAGAUCAUUCUUUAUAUUACUUCUUCCCACGAGGCCCAGCUUUAAGUUGGUUUAGAAUCCAGCAACCCAAGGACACAGUGGCAGUGAAGCUUCCUCUAGAUUUGUUUAAAGAGAAGAAGUGGAUGGGGUUGGCUGUGUUUGCUAUUUUUUCAGUACCUGGAAAUUCAGAAUAUGUUCAUAACCAUACCUUCAACUUUCAAAUAACCUCAAAUGAGGAUGGUAGACAUUUGAUAAAAGGCGGUUCAUAUUCAUCCGGUUCAUUUUUAAUCCCUCUAUCAUUGUUACAAUCUUCACCUCAAAUACUAUUUGUCACUUUCGAACCACGACAUGUGUUUCCUUAUGUUCAAGAGGGAUUGAAUCAUUUUUAUGUCAGUUUCAUUAGUAUUCCUACGAGAUUGCAAGUUGAGUCAUGUGGGGCUCGUCUAGUUUACCAACACAAUGUGGAGGGCCUUAUCAACACAAUCAUGGAUUGCGUACCAAAGAGCAGAGAAGAACUCUAUCAGGACCACAGUCAAGAAAUUAUGAGAGACUUUUUAACAACAUAUCAUCGGCCUAUUCGGAUUCAAGUCCCUGCAGACCAACUAACAACUUCUACUUCUAGCGAUCUAAGUGGCCGACGUGAAAGUUUUCAACACUCACUCUUCAUGGAGAGCACCCAGGACCAGUACAACAUUAGUAAGCUUGAGGCUAUUAUUCAUGGAAAAGAAAUCCCAGAUUUUUUCACCAGUCAAAGUAUGGGAAACAAAGGAGCGGUAAGGACACCGGAGAGAUUGUAUUUUGCUAAAUGCGAAGUAGGAGUUCUUGUGUGUGCUGUGGUGGUCAUAAACAACCAGACAGAAAAACUCGAGCACGUUAAAGUGUUGGAUCUUAAAUGUGAAUUUGGGGUUGAUUCUCAUGAAAUAGAACCAGAGCAUCACCUGUUCGUUCCUGCUGAAAAGCUUUUGAGUAGCUUUGAGUCAUCAUUCAUUUGGCUCUCCUGCAUACCACUUACAGAAUUUAAUAUCCCAUGGAUGUGCUGCGAUUACUUGAGGUGUAAGGUUAGCACCAAUCAUGAGGAACUAUUCCAUGUGCAACAAUGUGGUCUACAUCUGCUAUAUGCAUCUGAAAGAAAAAUGGUUGAUAAUUUACUCAUAUGACCAAAAGCUAAGAAAGGGAUCAAAAUACAUGCAAAACAAAGAGAUGAAAACCCAGAGUAAAGAUGGAAGAAGAAGGAACCAACAUCCAAUUUUUAAGUGGUUGGACAGUUGCUCACAUCCACUGUGCAAGGAGCCAUAGCAGAGUUCUUUAUUGGUGACAACUCUUGGAGGAUUACUACACGCAAUCUAAAAAAUGCAAGCUGUAAGUGAAUUUGUAAUUUUAAACUUGCGUCCUCAUAGAUGGUGUGUGCUGGAAUAUACUUCAGGCUCCUUUACAACAAAAUCAACCUUCUUAAAGUCAGGUGCGUCAAAUCUCCCUCCUCACUGCUAUUUGGAAAUUCAAUUAACUGAAGAAGUUAAAAGAAGUGCAAGAAUUGGUCCAUAGGAGUAUUAAUACUCAUGAAGACUUCAGAAGUAGUGCAAGAAUUGGUCCCUCUCCCCUCUGGUUGCACCCUCUGCUUAAGAGAUGAGGAACCAGUGGACCAUAUCUUCCUUCAAUGCUCUUUCACCCAUUACUGCUGGUAGCAGGUCUUCAAUACUUUUAACACACACCUUUUGCCUUCCCAAGAGAGCAGACGAUUGCUAGUCCCUUGUUGGUGGCCUCUUAAAAAAUAGGAAAAGAGUGUUGUGGAACUUUGCUACGACUGCAAUUUUGUGGGAUCUUCGGAUGAAAAGGAAUCGUAGAACUUUUGAGAACACUUGUCUUGACAUUUCUAAUCUUUGGAGUAAUGUAUAGCUUACUACUUCUAGGUGGUGCUACACUUAUAGCAAAUUCUUUUGUAACUACUUCUCUAUGAUCCUUCACAAUUGGAAAACUUUUCUUCAUU